AUGUCGUCUGAAAUCGAAAGACUACGGCGCCUCCUAGCAGAUGCUGAACAGCAACUCGCUACUUCUCAACAGCAACUCUCUGCUUCUCAACAGCAAUCCUCCAAAACCAACCUCCCUACGUUUCUCGAUGGACUCCACAAGCAUCUUUUCCUCAACCUUGGAGUCCAGCCGGACAAGACACAGUCAACGCGUGGUGAUCCUGCAAAUGCGGCCAACAAGCUUCGCCCCCGCAAGCUUAGAGCUUGGAGCUCUUUUGCCAGCGAGCAAGAAAAAAUCUGGCAAUUGCUGAUGGAUUGUUCGCUUAUGGAAGACAAAUUAUUUACUUCCCUGCGUACUUUGGAAGAGAUGGGUGAAAACAUUCGCCGGCAGCGUAUCGGUUCGGAACUCGACCUGAAUCACUUUCUUCGUCAGACCGUGGAGGACCAUGUUUCGAGAAUCAUUGAAGAGCUCUACAAGGAUCGAAAACUUCGACGCACUUUCGGUCUGAGAGGGUCAAUCCGUUUCGAAAACCAUUCCAAUACACUGAGCCCAGAACAAGAACUGGAAGAAGGGUUGAAGAGCAUGGAUAUUCGCGGUCGGUCCGGGCGGCGGCGCUCACCACGUUUAGCUGCCCGAGAAAAGACACCAUCCAGUGUGGCUACAAGUGAGCCUAAAACUCCGCGGCCAAUAAUCAAACGGCCUCGAGCUGACCAAUUUUGCGUCUAUAAUAUUCCAAACGAAUCCUCUGAAUCAACACAUCGCGUUGCUGCCUACAUCAAAGAAUAUAAAUCUCCACACAAAGUGACUUUGGGCCAUAUAUACGAGGGAUUGGGAGAUAUAGACGUGGAUGAAGUGAUACAGCAGAAGGAUGGCGAGCCUUUGAAAGCUCGCUUUCAACGAGCACUUGUUGGACUCCUCUCGCAGCCUUUUGACUAUAUGGUACGUGCUGGUACGCAGGUAGGAGUCUUCAGCACUGGCGAGGCCGAUAUCUAUCUGCGAAUUGGCGAUGACCCUUCAACCCUUUUCUACCACCUUUCCGUGCCAAAAGGAGAUGUUGGAGAGGAGACAGGAUGGGACUCUCACUCGGAUUGUCCCAAUCGCUUACACUUGACUGCUGUGGGUCAAUCUCUCGCCUUUACUCUCCAAGCACUUUGCUUGCGGCCCCGAAAUCAGGCCUGGGGGUUACAAGCAAUCGAUAUCUUGCCAAAGUGGGAAAUUAUACUUGCGGAUAUUUUGGGCGAUAUUUCAGAAGAUGACGUUCCAUCUUCCGACUAUCGUCCACCAAAUAUGAGCAACUCCUUCGUGCGAUCUCCAGUCCAGCUGCGUCGUAGGAGACGCCAAUUGAACACGGAUGGUUGUCGACCCUCGAGCAUGCAUAGUAGCUCUGAGGACGGAGGGGAUGACCCCAAUACACCAAGCCGGGGCUCACACAUCCCUCGGGGCGUCGAAAGAAGGCAACGAGAAGCAAGCGGACAACAGCGUGACCCAGCUAAGGCGAGCUCAUUUCGCGAGGACAACCAUCGGCGCUACUGCACAUUGAAAUGCCUACGCGGUCUAGUAAAGCGAGGAGUGUUGGGCCGGGAGUUAGACCGGGCUUGCCCCAAUGUCAUUGAUCAUGGAAAAACGAAACAUGUUUUGACCUUACAAUCCUUCCUCAAGCAGUUGCAACGUCAAUUAUCCGAGACCGUCAAUGCAGACUGUGAGAUGCUUGGUAUCCACGGUUCCCGAGGUGCUCUUCUGAAAGUGACGCUCUCAUCACACGGGUACACCGUGCCCGCAAAAUGCACGGUCCCAGAGUUCCGCGACUACCUUCGCCAUGAAGCAGCUGUAUACAAUAGCCUUCGUCCGAUCCAGGGGAUAUACGUUCCUCUGUACCUUGGAAGCAUCGAUCUGGUCCACCCCUACAGUUACGAUGGAAUCGCCUAUCUCGAGCAUAUGAUGCUAUUGAGCCCAGGCGGAGUUCCUCUCGAGGUAGCAUUUAGGGGCUUGGAUCAGAGUAGUCUGAUCUCCAAGUUGAAAGAGUCCCUAUCGGCGAUUCAUAACCAAAACGUCAUUCAUAAAGACCCGGCCCCGCGCAAUUGGUUGUACAAUCCAGAAAGCAAAAAGGUGGUGAUUUUUGACUUUGAAAGGGCUGAGAUUAUCAACACACGCCCGAUCUUGACACUGAUUUCACCGAAUCGCAAACGCAAACUAACCGCAAUCGACGAAUCCGACCAGAAAUCUCUAAGUACAGAAUUCGCGCGGGAAAUAAACAGAGCGGUGCGCGAGUUGCGGGGCUUCCGUCUACCCCUACGCCCCCAGCGGACUUAA